AUGGUCACCGAAACCGAAGCCCUCCAAGUCUACAAAGACGCUAUCCACUUCGACGGCCUCAACAUCGCCAACUGGUCCCCAGAAAUCUUCCAAGCCUGGCAGGCCGGCGGCAUAACAGGCGUGUCCUGCACAUGCGGAAUCUGGGAAGGAUUCCGCGGCUCGAUCUCUAACAUAAUCCAAUGGAAGAAAUGGUUCGAGACGCACAGCGAGCUGAUAGUGCAAGCGCACAGCGUCUCCGAUAUCCGCGCCGCCAAAAAGAGUGGCAAAACCGCCGUGCUGCUUAGUUGGCAGAAUACCGCGGGCAUUGAAGACCAGAUUGACUACCUGCGUGUGUUUCGGGAUCUGGGGGUGCGCAAGAUGCAGCUUACGUACAAUACGCAGAAUUAUAGCGGGGCUGGGUAUACGGAGGUGCGGGAUAGCGGGCUUACGGGGUUUGGGAGGCAGGUUGUGGAUGAGAUGGGGAGAUUGGGGAUUGUGGUUGAUUUGAGCCAUGUUGGGCCGGUGACGAGUCGCGAUGUGAUUGAGUAUGCGAGCAGGGAGAAACCGCCGUGCUUUAGCCAUGUGUUGCCUGGCGGGUUGAAGGCGCAUCCGAGGAAUAAGGAUGAUGAGCUGCUGAAGUUGCUGGGGGAGAAGGGCGGGUUUGUGGGGAUUAGCCAGUUUGGACCGCAUAUGGAGAAGGGGAAUGAGUCGACGAUUGAUGACUAUGUUGCUGCGCUGGACUAUGUGAUUGGCCUUGUUGGGGAGGAUUUGGUUGGUGUUGGGUCUGAUGCGAGCGAGGGCCAUGCAAGGCCCAGUGAGUUCAUGGCGUGGUGUAACUUGGACAAGGGGUAUGCCCGCAGAUUGACGCCAUGGGGGAGUCAGACGGUGGUCAAGCCACUGGGGCAGUUGAAGGACCGGCCAGAGUUGGCAAAGGCCAUGGCUCGCGCAGGGUGGCCAGAGGAGAAGAUGCGAAAGGUACUAGGAGAGAACUGGUUGAAGUACCUGGAGCGUAUAAUUGGGUGA